CUAUCUAGUCUGUGCAUACAACUGUCAAGUUUUGUCGCUCGUGAAUCGUGUUUCCAAAUCUCUAUAAUUUUGUAACGUAGAAAAUCUUUUACGUUACAGUUACAACAUUAAGUGAUUUCUAAAUUAAGAAAAAUGGCUAAACGUAAGAACAAACCAUUGAUAGAUUCUGAUUCCAGCAGCGAUUGCUCUGAUUUGGAUUCACAAUUUUUAAACUUAGCGAAAAAGAAAAAGAAGCCUGGAGAAUCUCCUCCACCAGCAAAAUCAAAUAGUAAAUCGUCAGACAGCGAAUCUGACUGGGAUGAUGAUGAUAAAAAAGAUGACAAAUCAUCAUCAUCAUCAGAUUCAGAUUCAAACAGUGAUGCAGAAAGUGAUGCAUCAAAGAAAGAGACUCCAAAACCUACAAGAAAAAGUUCUUCAGAAGAAGAUCGAAAGAGAGAUAAAAAUGAAGAGAAGAAAAAAGUUGAAAGAAGUGAUGAGAAAAAGAAAGUUGAUAAAGAUGUUCGAAUGAGUGUUGAUAGUGCUGGGUCUGGAAAGAAAAAAGAUGUCUAUAGUGAGCCUGAAGAAGGGGAGGUGUCAUCACAUUCCUCGGAUAAUGAUUCUAUUGACUCUGAAGAAGAAUUUGACGAUGGUUAUGAUGAAAAUUUGAUGGGUGAUGAAGAAGAUAGAGCACGAUUGGCUGCCUUAUCAGAGAAAGAGAGGGAACAAGAGAUAUUCAAACGUAUCGAAAGGAGAGAUCUUAUGAAAACCAGAUGGGAAAUAGAACGUAAAUUGCGUCUGGCCCGGCGUUCAGCUGCGGAACGCGGAGCCUCACCAGGUGAACUCGCUCGUCGACGAGAUAGAAGGAAGCAACGAAGAGCGCAGAGGGCUCAGAGGGCGAAAGCUCAGGCGCAGAAAGAAGCAGAGGCGAGAGAAAGGGAGAGGACUAGUGAGAAACACGAAUCAGAUAUUGAAGAGCCGAAAGAAGAUGAGAAAUUAAAAGAAAAGCCACCACCUAGUCCGGGAGAGAUACCUGAUGAUAAUAAAGACACAGAUCGUAAUGCAGAAAGGUCUGGUUCACCUUUGUUCGGGGCUAAAAGUGAACGAAAACGUAAUGUCGACGACAAAAGAGUGAACGCUAUGGCGGCCUUGAGGGCCCAGCGAGACGCGAGGGCUAAACUCACGGAGCACAAGCAGAAGAAGAGAAUGGAGGAAGAGAAGAAGGACAAAGAAGAAGACGAUGAUGCAGAUGCAGAAAUAAUUGGUGGCACAAGCAAACAAAGUGUGAAAUUAAAAGCAUCAGAUAUUUAUUCAGAUGACUCUGGAAGCGAUUCUGAUGAUAAUAAAUCGCAAGCAGCAGGUCGUCGCAGUUCCACCAGUUCCUCCUCUUCGUCAGGUGAGGAACCGGCUCCUCGUGAACGGGAGCAGGAAGAAGUGAAGUACGCUGACACCAAGGAUCAAAUCAACAAAUUACGACUGAGCAGGUUUAAAUUGGAAAGAUUAGUUCAUCUACCGUUCUUCGCUCGAGUAGUUACAGGAUGUUUUGUUAGAAUCGGAAUAGGAAAUAAUAAUGGCAAUCCUGUGUACAGAGUAGCGGAGAUUAUAGACGUAUACGAAACGGCGAAAGUAUACAAUUUAGGCAACACAAGGACAAACAAAGGACUGAAACUCAGACAUGGCACUCAGGACAGGGUGUUUCGAUUAGAAUUUGUUAGUAAUCAAGAAUUCACAGAAUCAGAAUUUCAAAAAUGGUUCAAAGCAAUAAAGGACGCGAACAAAAAGCCUCCCAUAAUGGACUUUGUUAGAAGUAAAAUUAGUGAAGUUAAAGAUGCACUUAUGUACGAAUUUAAGGAAGAAGAUAUAGAAAAAAUAGUAGCCGAGAAAGAUAGAUUCCGAUCUCACCCCACCAAUUAUGCCAUGAAGAAGACACAGCUCAUGAAAGAGAGAGAUGUCGCACAGCUGAGAGGCGAUGAAGAAUUAGUAAUGGAUUUAAAUUCGAAAAUUCAAGAGUUGGAAGACAGAGCCAACCAAUUGGACAAGACGAGGACGUCGUCCAUACAAAGUAUUUCGUACAUUAACAAUAGGAACAGGAAACUCAACGUGGAAACUGCAGAAAAGGCUAUCAUGGAAGAGAUUAAAGCGAAUAAAGGCAAGAAAAUUGACGACCCUUUCACGAGAAGACACACGAAGCCUGUUAUGAAUUUCAAGUCGCAUGGCGGGAGAAGUCAGGAAGUGGAGAAGCAUCCGGAAGAAGAUGAAGAAGCGCAGAAACUUAGAGAAGAAGAACAGAAGACAAAAGAGCGACAAGAGAAAGAGAGACUUAUGCAACAGCAAACAGAAGAAGAAGCUUCGAAAUCCCAGAGCAGGAGCGGGUCGGAUAGUCUGUACUCGUUGCACGAUUUUGACAUUAAUAUUGAUAUCGACCUGCCUAUACCUAAAGCCGUUACAAGUCAGCCGAAACAAAUAACGACAAAAGUGAAAGAAACGGGCCCCAAACGUUCACUAAAUCUAGACGAGUAUAAGAAACGGCACGGGCUUAUUUAGUAUAGUUUUUGUAAUGGUAACAUUUAUAAACAGUUGCAUACAAUUUCUUUAUAGCCUCUAUUAAAGCUAGCUUGGUUCGCAGUAAGUAAACAUUUCAUGUCAUAAAACAGUUUAUACGAAAAAAAGAUUUUCCGCAGAAAUUAUUUUUUGUAUACGGGGCCGUUUUAGUAUUACUUUAGCAGAUUUACUAUUAUAUAUAUAUAUAUCUACAUCCCCAGCCCCCCCCCCUUCUUCGUGUCAGCAAAAGUAACAAAGUUCUCAAAAAUAAUUGUACAUAAACGUAUUUUUAGGAAUUCGAAAAUGCAUUUCGCUUUCAAGCAUAGACAAUGUUACACCAAAUAAGAAAAUUAAAGUCCCCCUCCCCCUAUUGUGAAUACGUAAUACUUGAACGGCCCCGAACACAGAUUUUUUUAAAUUAUUUUCAUUAUAGCCAAAUAUGCAAUGUUUAUAAUUGUUAUCAAACACUUAAAUAUAAUUGGACUAGUUUAGCAUUUUUUCAUUUCACACCUUGUUUAUAAAAAUUAAAACUUAACUAAAGCACUGUUAGUUUACUAACACGAUGUAUCGAAUAGUAAACGUAGCCUUGCAUUACAUAUCGAAAACUGCGUUGCAUCUGUCAAAGUGAAAUGACAGUAUCGUAUUGACGUACACGAGUACGAACGUUCGAAACAUGCGCGUAAGGAUAGAUCUCUCUUUUCAUCGCAUAUGAUUAGAAAGAGAGUUUAUCAUCAAUUAAGUUUUAUGAAUAUCAGGUGCAUAUAAAAGUCGUGAUCUAAAAUGCGUAUACAAUUGUAUGAACAAUCCAAACCCCCACAAUUCUGAGAGACUUAACGCCAAGUACGUAUUUCGUCUAUAUUGAGUCCAAAAUCGGACUCAAAAAUGUCCGUAUUAACCAGUAUAUGCCAGCUUUCGAAUAAAAUGCGUCGUCACAGUGUUAUUGAAUCAAAAAUUAUAAUUAGUUUUUACUUAAGUUAGAUUAAUUUGCUUUAAUUUGUACAAAUGCCUACAAACUUAGAUUAAAUUCCGAAAACACCCCAUGCCUCUGUCAUCGAGAACAUUCUCUGUCAAAUAUUAAGGUAGGUUAUUACUUGGUAUCUAUGUUGAACGAUACAUUUUUAAAAGGUAGCCUUUUAUAUAAAUACUCACCGAAAAACAACUUAUAGAUUUUAAUGUUACAUACAGUACUGACUGGCUUUGCCUUAGAACCUGUAAAAAUUUGUUUCUACGCAAUGUAUAAAGCAAUAAAACGCGCCUUAAUUUAUAUAGUAUAGUAUAUAUAAACAGUACGAUGUUUAUCAUAUUUUAUACGAAUAGUAUAAUUAAAGUCUCGCAAGAACAAAGUAGUUUUGACUGAUUCCUAUAUUCAACGACACGUUACCCGUUAAAAAAUUUAAUAACCGUUAUGCGAAUGAUGUCGCCGUAAAACUGUUUACACAUUACUUGUGUAUAAAGCCAAUUCAAUAUUAUGAAGUCUUCGAUAGACAAAACCGCGCGAUAGAUUGAAAUUCUAAUGGUAUUUAUAGUUUUACGGUGACAUAGAUAUGUGUAAACGAACCUUAUGAUUAUAAUAGUAAUUACAAUGUAGUAGUAAUCUAUUUAUUUUGUAAUUAAUGUCUCAAUAAAGCUCAAACGCUGA